AUGCUCUUCCCCCCCAAAACGGCUCAGCACAGGCGUCUAUUUGAGGGCGGCUGUCUUGGCUUUUUCCAACACGCGCUGCCUCUCUCUUUCUUUCCAACAAGCGAUGUCCACACGCUCCUUGGUGGAUGCAACCAACCCCGCCCCUGUCCAACUGCGAUUGGAGGAAAAAGCGCGGAGAAAACUGCGAGGAGCGAAAAGAGAGAAAGAGAGAGGGCAGUAGGAGGGGGGGAAAGACCGUACAGCAGCCGAGAGAUGAGGAAAAAUGAAGAUGAGGGGCGCGCAGAGGGACGAGAAGUUAAAAGGAGAGUCAUCAGGAGGAGGGAGCACUGCGCGGGGGGUCUGGGGAUCAAGGUGGAGGUGUUAUGUGUCGGAGCCCAAAGGGACGCAGCUAGGGCUAAUGAAGGAAAAAUGCUCUCAUCCCCGUGUAAUGGCACUCAUUAA